CCGAGGAUCCUCUCCUCGCUCCUCGCUCACCCAAUUGCGAUUGCGAUUGAUCCACUCCAUAGCUAGCGAUGAUACGAUCACAUCUCUUCCGCCUGCCUUCCCGCCGAAUCGCCGUGAUUUCUUUGGCUAGGCGUUUCAAUGCGCAUGCCGCCGUAUCACCGAAGAAACCAGACACAGCACCCCUCUCCCACAUCCGCGUCCUCGACUUAACCCGUGUCCUCGCCGGCCCAUACUGUACCAUGCUCCUCGCCGACCUCGGCGCAGAAGUGAUCAAGAUCGAGCAUCCGGUGAGGGGGGACGAUACCCGGGCUUGGGGACCACCGUUCGCUGCCCCAUUGCCGGAGGUGGAGCAAGCAUUGGAGGAAGGGUACCAUGGCGAGAGCGCGUACUUCCUGAGCGUGAAUCGGAAUAAGAAGUCUUUGGCCCUCAGCUUCCAAAAUGAGGGGGGACGCCGGGCGUUGAGGAGGUUAGCCGCGGAGUGUGAUGUGUUGGUUGAAAAUUACUUACCUGGGACGUUGGCGAGGUAUGGAUUGGGGUACGACGAUCUGAGAAAGAUUAAUCCAAGGUUGAUUUAUGCUUCGAUUACGGGGUAUGGUCAGAGUGGACCAUAUUCGAGUCGGGCUGGGUAUGAUGUUAUGGUUGAGGCGGAGAUGGGGUUGAUGCAUAUCACGGGUGAACAGGACUCCUCACCCGUUAAGGUCGGAGUGGCCGUCACUGACCUCACCACGGGGCUUUAUGCGCAGUCUGCGAUUUUGGCGUCGCUGUAUGGGCAGGAGAGGAGAGGGGGUAGGGGUGAGUGGUUGGAUUUGGCGUUGAGUGAUUGUCAGGUUGCGACGUUAACAAAUAUUGCGUCGAGUGCGUUGAUUAGUGGGAUGGGUGGGAAGGGGGAGAUGAAGGAUAGUGGACGGUGGGGGACUGCGCACCCUAGUAUUGUUCCGUAUCGCGGUUUCGAGACCAUGGAUGGGUAUAUGAUGAUCGGUGGCGCAAACGACAAUCUUUUCGGGAAACUUUGUCGUGUCCUUGGAACAGAAGAAUGGAUCACAGACCCACGCUUCGUCACAAACCGCGACCGCGUCAAGAACCGUGAUCUGUUGGAAGAGUUAAUCGAAACUCGCCUGAAAACCCAACCAACGAAAUACUGGACAGACGCCCUCGAAGGAACCGGGAUGGCGUAUGCCAUCGUCAACAACAUCCCGCAAACGCUGUCGCACCCGCACGUCCUCGCACGCUCCAUGAUCCAAGAAACCCCUUCCCAUCCCAUCUGCGGUCCCCUCCCCGUUCUCGGACCUGCGGUCAAGUAUAGCGAGAGCACGGUCGGGGUACGCAUGCCGCCGCCGGUGCUGGGACAGCAUUCGCGGGAGGUGUUGAUGGGGCUGUGUGGGAUGAGUCAGGAGGAGGUUCAAAAGGGGGUGGAGGAGGGGUGGGUGAGAUGUUGGGAUGGGGUGCAUGCUGGAGAGCAGGAUGAUGGGAAUGGGAAUGGGAGUAGAGUUAAGUUGGUGGAGUAGAGUGAUGGGUUGGGAGCGGAUACCUGUAUACCCGGAUGAGGAUGACUUUACUACCAAGAUUCGUUGUCGUGAUAUACAUUAUCGCAGUACUACUUCGCAGCCG